UUUUGAAGAUAUGUAGUUUACAGAAAAAGACAUCAACUUUUCUUCACCCAGCAGAUACCAGUCCCCAGCAACCUUCAGUGUACUCAUUCUGAUGGGUCAGAAGGCUUGGAUAGAGAAGACCUUUUCAAAAAGAGAAUGCAUUUAUGUAAUUGCCAACAACAAAGACAUUAGCAGGUGCUGCUGUGGCCAGCUCAUUAACCAGCAUAUUCCACCUCCUCCAAGUACAACAGCUAAUAAAAAUGGAGAAGAAACAAAGCAAGUGGAAGCUCAGCCAGAGAAGUGGUCCAUCAGCAAACACACCCAAACGUACCCAACUGAUGCCUAUGGAAAUCUUGAAUUCCAGGGAGGAGGACAUUCAAAUAAGGCCAUGUAUAUCCGUGUGUCGUAUGACACCAAACCAGAUUCUCUGCUGCAUCUCAUGGUGAAAGACUGGCAACUAGAAUUGCCCAAACUCUUAAUCUCUGUCCAUGGAGGCCUCCAGAACUUUGAAAUGCAGCCGAAACUGAAACAAGUAUUUGGAAAAGGUCUGAUAAAGGCUGCCAUGACCACCGGAGCCUGGAUUUUCACUGGAGGUGUUAGUACAGGUGUCAUUCGUCAUGUGGGAGAUGCCUUGAAAGACCAUUCUUCAAAAUCCAGAGGACGAAUCUGUGCCAUAGGAAUUGCACCAUGGGGCAUUGUAGAAAACAAGGAAGAUCUGAUAGGAAAAGAUGUAACACGUGUUUACCAGACAAUGUCAAACCCUCUAAGCAAGCUUUCUGUGCUCAACAGUUCCCACACCCACUUCAUUCUGGCAGACAAUGGUACUCUAGGUAAAUAUGGAGCUGAAGUGAAGUUACGACGUCAGUUGGAAAAACACAUUUCUCUCCAGAAAAUUAAUACACGGCUGGGACAGGGUGUUCCUGUAGUUGGGCUUAUUGUGGAAGGUGGUCCCAAUGUUAUCUCCAUUGUUUUGGAGUGCCUACGAGAAGAACCUCCUCUCCCUGUAGUGAUUUGUGAUGGUAGUGGACGAGCAUCUGAUAUUCUGUCAUUUGCACACAAGUAUUCAGAAGAAGGAGGGAUAAUAAGUGAAUCUCUCAGGGACCAGCUUCUAGUAACUAUCCAGAAAACCUUCAAUUACAGCAGGAGUCAAGCUCAUCAGCUGUUUAUCAUUCUGAUGGAAUGCAUGAAAAAAAAGGAACUUAUCACUGUGUUCCGUAUGGGGUCUGAAGGGCAACAGGACAUUGAGAUGUCUAUCCUAACUGCUCUCCUCAAAGGUACCAAUGCAUCUGCUCCAGACCAGCUCAGCUUGGCUUUAGCCUGGAACCGUGUAGACAUUGCACGCAGCCAAAUAUUUGUCUUUGGACACCACUGGCCACCUUUAGGAAGCCUUACAGCUAGUGAUGGUACAGCCCCUGAGAAGGAAAAGAAAUCUCCAGCAGUUCAGACUAAAGCAGCCAGAGCGAAAGGAAAGGGGAAGAAAAAAGGAGGAAAAGUAAAAGAAGAGCCAGAAGAAGAAACAGAUCCAAGGAAGCUUGAACUCUUGAACUGGGUGAAUUCGCUGGAGCAGGCUAUGCUGGAUGCACUGGUUCUGGAUCGAGUGGACUUUGUUAAACUACUCAUUGAGAAUGGAGUUAACAUGCAACAUUUCCUCACUAUUCCUCGACUGGAAGAACUUUAUAAUACUAGAUUGGGACCUCCAAAUACACUGCAUUUGCUAGUCAGAGAUGUGAAAAAGGGCAAUCUUCCACCAGAUUAUCAUAUCAGCCUAAUAGAUAUUGGUCUUGUACUUGAAUAUCUCAUGGGUGGAGCUUAUCGCUGCAACUAUACUAGAAAAAGUUUUCGGACUCUUUAUAAUAAUUUAUUUGGACCUAAGAGGCCAAAAGCUCUUAAACUACUAGGGAUGGAGGAUGAUGAGCCUCCUACAAAAGGAAAGAAGAAGAAGAAGAAAAAGGAGGAAGAGAUUGAUAUUGAUGUGGACGACCCAGAAGUGAGCCGCUUUCAGUAUCCAUUUCAUGAACUGAUGUUAUGGGCCGUGCUGAUGAAAAGGCAAAAGAUGGCACUCUUCCUUUGGCAACGAGGGGAGGAAACUAUGGCCAAAGCACUUGUUGCUUGUAAGCUGUACAAAUCUAUGGCGCAUGAGUCUUCUGAAAGUGAACUGGUGGAUGACAUCUCUCAGGAUCUGGACAACAACUCAAAAGAUUUUGGCCAGCUAGCUGUUGAACUCUUGGAUCAGUCCUACAAACACGAUGAGCAGAUUGCCAUGAAACUACUGACCUACGAACUAAAAAACUGGAGUAAUUCUACCUGCCUGAAGCUGGCUGUGGCAGCUAAACACAGGGACUUCAUUGCUCACACGUGCAGCCAGAUGCUCUUAACAGAUAUGUGGAUGGGGCGACUACGUAUGCGAAAAAACCCAGGCCUUAAGGUUAUAAUGGGGAUUCUCUUCCCUCCAACCAUCCUUUUCCUAGAGUUUCGCAGUUAUGAUGAUUAUUCUUACCAGACAUCACGAGAAAAUGAAGAAGGCAAAGAAAAGGAGGAGGAAAACGUGGAUGCAAACGUGGACACAGGUUCCCGGAAAGGGGAUGAAGAGAAUGCAAAUAAAAAGCAAAACAGCCUUCCAAUUGGAACAAAGAUCUAUGAAUUCUAUAAUGCUCCUAUUGUCAAAUUUUGGUUCUACACAAUAUCAUACCUGGGUUACUUGAUGCUGUUUAACUAUAUCAUCCUGGUGCGGAUGGAACGGUGGCCAUCUGUCCAGGAAUGGAUUGUCAUCUCCUACAUUGUGACAUUGGCUUUAGAGAAAGUAAGAGAGAUUCUCAUGUCAGAGCCUGGAAAGCUGAGUCAAAAAGUGAAAGUUUGGCUCCAGGAAUACUGGAAUAUUACUGAUCUGGUGGCUAUUUCAGUAUUUAUGAUAGGAGCAGUUCUUCGCCUACAGAACCAGCCUUACAUGGGUUAUGGAAGAGUAAUUUACUGUGUAGAUAUAAUUUUCUGGUACAUUAGAGUACUAGAUAUCUUCGGUGUGAACAAAUAUCUGGGACCUUACGUCAUGAUGAUUGGAAAGAUGAUGAUUGACAUGCUCUACUUUGUGGUCAUCAUGCUUGUGGUUCUGAUGAGUUUUGGAGUAGCACGCCAAGCAAUCCUGCACCCAGAUGAGGAGCCUUCUUGGAGACUAGCUCGGAACAUCUUCUAUAUGCCCUACUGGAUGAUCUAUGGAGAGGUGUUCGCAGACCAGAUAGACCGUAAGAGUAGAAUUCAUACUCCUUGUGGAGACAAUCUUUACGAUGAGGAUGGUAAACGUCUCCCUCCGUGCAUACCAGGGGCCUGGCUCACUCCCGCUAUUAUGGCUUGUUACCUCUUGGUAGCAAAUAUUCUGCUGGUAAACCUGCUGAUUGCAGUCUUCAACAAUACCUUCUUUGAAGUAAAAUCAAUAUCCAACCAAGUCUGGAAGUUCCAGCGGUACCAGCUGAUCAUGACAUUCCAUGACAGACCUGUCCUCCCACCACCAAUGAUUAUCUUCAGCCACCUCUACAUAAUCAUCAAGCGAGUCUGCUGUCGCUGCAAGAAGCGUGAAGGAGACCAGGAUGAGCGUGACAGGGGGCUGAAGUUAUUUCUAAAUGAUGAAGAGCUAAGAAAGCUGUACGAGUUUGAAGAGCAGUGUGUAGAAGAAUACUUUCAGGAAAAAGAGGAUGAGCAGCAAUCAUCUAAUGAUGAACGCAUCAGAGUUACCUCUGAAAGAGUUGAAAAUAUGUCAAUGAGGCUAGAAGAAGUGAAUGAAAGAGAACAUUUCAUGAAAGCUUCUCUUCAAACAGUCGACCUUCGACUCUCUCAGUUAGAAGAACUAUCUGGUCGGAUGGUGAAUGCUCUUGAGAAGCUGGCAGGUGUUGACAAAUCUGAGCUAACGUAUACACGUUCACGGGCUUCAUCUGAAUGUGAUGCUGCGUAUCUCCUAAGGCAAAGCAGUGUCAACAGCUCGGAUGGCUACAGCAUGUACAGAUAUCAUGUUGGUGGCGAUGAGUUAGCAUAUGAUGACAGCACAGCUCCAAUGUCACCAGCCAUAGGAUCACGUAAAAAAGCUCAUUCUGUUGGUACAAAAGAAGAUGGAGCAGACCCAAGGAUGCUGGUUCCAGAGCACCAUACCAGUCUCCAUUAUACCUCUAGUGCUAAUGCAGUGACCCCAGCAGAUUGCAGUAGAUCUGCAUUAGACAUUGCACAGAAUAUUUCCAGUCCCCAUUCUGGCUCAGGUGGUUUAGGGGUUGAAAACCAAGGAAUUUUCAAGAAGGAUGAAAUGGCUCCUCAAAGUUUAAACCAGAUGGAUGUUGUUAUGAACAGACAAUCGGUACCAAGAUCAGAUUUUCAGAACACUCAGCUGAAAGUAGAACAUACCAAGUUAGAGGCAACCAUCUCUUAUCCCUUGGACAAAUCUAAAGCAAUGCGCUAUUUUCCUCCUGAAACAUUCAGUGCUUGUCAAACUACUAUGAUGAAGUCAAGGAGCUUUAUAUUUGCACAGGGUGGGAAGCUGGUUGGAGGGGUAAACAACUGGACAACAGAAUAUAGUACCAUCAUGGAUCAGGUGUGCCCUUCAACAAUUGAGCAGUGGGCUACAGAGUGGAAAUAUGAAGUUGAGCAGCAACUUUCUCAAGAACGUCCUCCGGAAUACCCAGGUAUUAUCUCUGAAGCAGAGAGGCAAGCAGAACAGAAACAAUUACAAAUGGACACAGAUGAUGACAGUGAUGUUGGUGAAGCAGGUAUUAGUGCCUCUUACGCCUCUAUGCCUGCUGCUGUCAAAACUCAGACAGAGAACUUGUUAUCAGUAAAGCCAGAAAGGACUUCUGGGUUCCCAUCAGUACGAUCGAAGAGUUUGCACAGCCAUUCUCGGAAAGCCAAGUCUAUAAAGGACAAAUUAAACAGACCAGGACAUGCCACUAGUGUAACUAACUUAGUAGUAGCAUUUGGCAGUGCAACAGAAGAACAGAAAGCUAGGCAAGAAAAUGCGUCCACAGAAACUGAGUGUUGAAAUGGCUUAUGGCCCCUGUUUUAUUGACCGUCAAAAAAGUAGUGUGGCUAAUUGAAAAAAAGAAGGAUUUUUUAACUAAUUUAUACAGAAUAAUGUUGCAUACAUUUGUUUCUCUUCAUUUCAAACUUAUUAGGUACAUGUUCUGCUCUUAAAUACAUCCUUGCCAGGUCAAGUGAAAGGGAGAUACUCGCUCAGGGGCAGAUAUAAAAGCAGGCUGCUCUGCAGAUGCUGACAGUAUUGAUCUUUCUUUGUUCCACUUCCACUUCCCUUGUAAACUCAUUUACUGAUAGAGUCUUCAUAAAAGCUCUUGAAAGGACAAUACAAUCAUUUAAUAAAUUAGAAAAUAUUUUUUCUUCUCUAUCAGAAGACUACUUAAACUGCACUAAUUUUUAACCAGCCAUUGUUUUUAUCCUCACACAGCUGGUUUCUUUGUGGCCACUAUGUUUUCAGAUCAAAACAAAAUUGUUGAAUGCAUGGAAUAACUAUGUAGUCCUAUUUCACUUCUUGUUUCAUGCAUGCUUCUUGGGCAGUACUUUCAGAAAGGCAGAAUGCAGCAGCUUCUACCCAAUAGAAUACUUCUGAGUGGAAAAAUACAGUUAUGUUUGGAAAAACCUGACCUGGAAUGCUAUGCAUACACAUAUUCUUGACCUGUCCUUGAACUUGGCUGACAUAAUCUGCUUUCAGGAUCAUAUCUGUCUCUGCCCCAAAGCAUUCUGGCAGCCUUAAACUGUUGAAAAACAGUGAUCAUUGUUUCAAAAUGUUUAGAGAGAUUUUCAGUAUUUAAAGUGUAGGUUGAUUUUAAUAAUUUCAAUCCAAGGUCUGCAUUAAUGUUUUAUAUAAACAGUAACAACAGAAUCCUAAGUAGAGAAGGAAACUGUUUUGCCUGCAAAAGAAAAAACCAUACAGGAAAUGUGUUUUGAUUGGGUGAGAUCAGAACACAGCCAAUCUGCAUUUGAAGUAAAUCUACUUGACAAACUGAUCUUUAAUUCUGCAAUUUCAUUAUGACAAUGCACAGGGAACAAGAGUUUCUAUGAGUCAAUCUAAACAAAAAAUAAAUUCUAUAGAUGAGGAGAGGAAUUCCAUGUAUUUCCUUGAGUCAGUUUCAAAAAGAAUUUUCAAAUGGAAAAGCCCUCUCUACAGAGCAAAUAUUUUCCAUCACUCAGCAACCAAGACUGGAAAUGCACAUCUCUAGUUACAAUUAGCCAGAACGCUUGACUCAGCAGCAGCAUUCCAUAUGCUAGGUUUGGGUAAUUUCCUUCCUAGUAGUGUGAUUUUUCAUUUGCCUCAUUCUUUGUUAUGUUUUAGGAAUUCUGUUUUCCUAAAUAUCCAGCCCCUCUCUCUGCAGGGAAAGCAUACCAUUUAGCAAAAAAGAAAGAAAAUAAGUUAAAACUGUGUUACUUGUUCACAGAAUACCGGUCAAAAGUUUACACUUAACUCAGUAACAGCACUCAUUUAUACACUAUUUUGAAAAGACAGAAUUUCUUUUUCCCCCCCAUCAGCUCCUCAUUAUGUUCAUUUCAGUAUUAAUGCUUCUUAUAGCACACUGGAAUACAGAGACUGAUGUAAGACUUUAAACUGCAUUGAUGGCAUCAGAUUUUUAUUAUUUGCAUUAUAUUUUCAUACUCCAUCCAUAACGACUUUUGAAGUAUUGCUACCUGCUGCUUGAUCACAGUGACCGCCUGGACAUUUCGGAAAGGUUAACAUACAUCUUUGCCAGCUUGAUCUUAUGAGCAUGUUUACUGGUUUCACUGUUAUCAGAACAGUGUUGACAUUUGUUUUUCAUGAGGGCUUCUUUUUUUAUUCAAGUUUAGGGAAUGUGACAUUUUAUAUAAACAGAAUGACAUUUGAAAUUGUUUCACUUCCAUGUUUACUUUUGUGUUACCUUUCUAUGCAACUACACAGCAAUUUCGUAUGCAUGGUUAAUAUAUCCUCCAAUUUAUCAAUGCCUUUUUAUUGUUUGCCUGCAUGCUCACCAGGAACUAAUUCAUCAACAAACACAAAGGGAUGCAGCCAUUCAGCACUUUGCUAAACAAGCAGAGUGCAUUGUGAACUGCAAUAGUGUGUUGCAUGCCUCUUGUUACAUUGUGUUUAUAAAAUCUGCAUUAAAUCAUGCUUUGUUUGACCA